AUGACACAUGUGAUGCUGCACGGACAGCACGGACCUUAUGGACUUUUCAGGCAAAGUCAAGCAAUCAAGAACAGGUCUCCAUCCAGGGCCACAGGUACACCAAGACUCGAGGAGCAUAUGCUCAUUGUCUUUUGUAUGCUUCUAGUGCCUUCCGUCCAGGUCAAGCAUCAGGGAUCUGAUCAGAGUCCAUGGUUAUCAGUAUCCAUUCCAUCCGGGUCAAGCUUCAAGGUUCAGGUCAAGGUCCACGUAUUCAUUCCAUCCAGGUCAAGCUUCAAGGUUCAGGUCAAGGUCAACGGAUUCAGGUCGAGGUCCACGAUUUCAGUAUCUGUUCCAUCCAGGUCAAGCUUCAAGGUUCACGUCAAGGUCCACAGUUUUCAGAUCAAGGUCCACGGUUUCAGUAUCCAUUCCAUCCAGGUCAAGUUUCAAGGUUCAGGUCAAGGUCAACGGGUUCAGGUCGAGGUCGACGGUUUUCCGGUCAAGGUUCAAGGUUCACGUCAAGGUCCACGGUUAUCAGUAUCCAUUCCAUCCAGGUCAAGCUUCAAGGUUCAAGUCAAGGUCCACGGUUUCAGGUCAAGCUUCAAGGUCCAGGUCAAGGUCCACGGUUUUCAGUAUCCAAUCCAUCCAGGAAAAGCAUCAAUGUUCCGAUCUCCCAGCUAUGUGUCAGCCAUCCAGGUCAAGUGUCAAGGACCCGAUUUCCCGACAAUGGUUAUAGCCAUCCAUGUCAAGCGUCCAGGUUCCGAUCUCCCAACCAUGUUUACAGCCAUCCGUGUCAAGCGUCAAGGACCCGAUCGCCCGUCCAUGUCUCCAGCCAUCCGUGUCAAGCAUCAAGAACCCGAUCCCUCGUCCAUGUCUCCAGUCAUCAAUGUGAAGCGGCAAGGACCCGAUCGACCGUCAAUGUCUCCAGCCAUCCAGGACAAGCAUCAAGGUUCCGAUCUACCAGCUAUGGUUAUAGCCAUCCAGGUCAAGUGGCAAGGACCCGAUCGCCCGGCCAUGGGUAUAGCCAUCGAUGUUAGGCGUCAAGGUUCCGAUCUUCCAGCCAUGUGUUCAAUCAUCCAGGUCAAUCAACAGGAUUCUGAUCUCCCGUCAAUGUGUUCCGCCAAUCAUGUCAAGCGUCCAGGUUCCCAUCUCCCUGCCAUGGUUAUAGAUUGUUCAGUCAUCCAGGUCAAGCAUCUAGGUUCUGAUCGCCAAUCCAUGUCUCCAGCCAUCCAGAUCAAGCAUCAAGGUUCUACUCGCCAAUCCAUGUCUCCAGCCAUCCAGGUCAAGCAUCAAGGUUCUACUCGCCCGUCCAUGGUGUGUUCAGCCAUCCAGGUCAAGCAUCAAGGUUCCGAUCGCCCGUCAAAGAUUAUAGUUAUCCAGGUCAAGCAUCAAGGACCCUAUCGCCCGCCCAUGUCUCCAGCCAUCCAGGUCAAGCAUCAAGAUUCUGAUCGCCCGUGCAUGUUUUCAGCUAUCCAGGUCAAGCAUCAUGGUUCCGAUCGCCCGUCAAUGGUUAUAGCCAUCCGUGUCAAGCAUCAAGGACCCGAUCACCUGUCCAUGCCUCCAGUCAUUCAGAUCAAGCGUCAAGGACCUGAUCACCCCUCCAUGGUCAUAAUCGUCCAGGUCAAGCAUCAAGGUUCUGGUCUCCCCGCCAUGUCUCCAGCUAUCCAGGUCAAGCAUCAAGAUUCCGAUCUCCCCGCCAUGUCUCCAGCUAUCCGGAUCAAGCAUCAAGAUUCCGAUCUCCCCGCCAUGGGUAUAGGUAUAACAAAAAUCGAUGAGCAAUCACACUCGGCUUUAUUUAUUUCUAGUGUUGAAUCCACCAAGAUCAUGCUUCACGGAUCCGGAUUCAUGUCUACUCAUCCACGGCAAUUAUCAGGAUCCGAUUUUCAUGAAUUGUUAUAG